UGUGUCAGUAUGUUUUCUUUUUUUUUUAACCCGGAAACCGACCGUGUAGCAAUUUCGCUAGCUUGAAGCUGGUGUCAGCCAUCUUAAAGACAUUGAUUUAACGUCAGAAAAAGCGGCGUUUCGAACCAACGCCGUCCUUAACUUUAUACUUAGGACGGAGAAAGGUUGAAGACACGGCUGAAGCCCUCGGUGCAGACAACACUGCUCACCGAGAUGCUCGCUAUGCUGGAGGAAACCAGGGCAGAGUACGAAGAUAGAGUAGAGUGGUCAGGGCAGGAGAUUUGCCGCCAGAGGAGGCUGGUCGAUGCCGAGUUGAAGCCUGAAGACGGGCUGCUUCCAGCAGGCAAGCAGCAGCCUUUGCUCGUUAAAGAGGAGCUUCCUCCUGGGCAGAUAGAGUGGAGGCCCCACGUGGAGCAUGAAGAACCAAGAAAGUGUCCUCAAAUGAAAGAGGAAGAGGAGGAAGUGUCCAUCGUACAGGAGGAGGCUGUAAAACGUCCAGAAAAUAUAAAGAAAGACGAGCGUUCAGUACGAGGCAUCAAGGACCGUGGUAAGAGUUCAAAGGAAGUGCAAGUUAAAGGAAGGUGGAGUAGUGACACAGAUGAGACAAACGUCUGCUCAGAAUGUGGGCAAGGAUUCAGCCUCAUGUCCGAUUUGCAGAACCAUGAAAAACUGCACUCUCACCGGCAUCCGUUUAGUUGCUCUGAAUGUGGUGACGGAUUUAGUCAAAGGAGCAACCUGGAGGUCCACGAGAGGAUCCAUUCAGUAGAGAAGGCAUUUAGUUGUUCAGAGUGUGGGAAACGAUUUGUGGCAAAGGGCAAUCUUAGGGUGCAUGAAAGAAUUCAUUCAGGAGAGAAACCGUUUAGUUGCUCCAAGUGUGGGAAACAUUUUACCCAAAAGAGUAACCUGAAGGUACAUGAGAAAAUUCAUUUAAAAGAGAAAACUCAGCCUUUCUCGGCCUGCGAGGUUAGAUUUCCUUUAAAAACAGACCUGAAAAACAAUGAAGAAUUUCAGACACCAGAGAAACUAUUUAGUUGCACCGAAUGUGGGAAAAGGUUUACUGAAAAGGGAAAUUUGAAGGCACACGAGAGAAUUCACACUGGAGAGAAACCAUUCAGUUGUUCGCAGUGCGGGAAAUGUUUUACUGAAAAAGGGAAUCUAAAGGUGCAUGAGAGAAUUCACUCAGGAGACAAACCUUUUAGCUGCUGUCACUGUGGAAAAGGAUUCACUCAAAAGAAUAGUCUGAAAUUGCAUGAGAGAAUCCAUGCAAAAGAGAAACCGUUUGGUAUCGCUCCGUGUCUGUCUUUGAAGACGAGUUUACAAAAUGAUGAUGAAUUUUUAUCUGGAGAAAAGCCGUUCAGUUGUUCUGAGUGCGGUAGCACAUUUUCUAAAAUGUGUGCAUUAAAAUUACAUGAAAAGGUUCAUAGAAGAGAGAACAUCCUAGGGUCGUCCGAGUGCAGAGAGGGCAAAAAGGUCACUGGUCUAAAAACUCAUAGGAGAGAGAAACCUUUCAAUUGUUCUGAGUGUGGGAAAAGUUUCACAUCCAAAUCAUAUCUGAAGAUCCACAGAAAAAUGCAUGCAGGAGUAAAACCAUUCAAUUGCUCUGAGUGUGGGAAAGGAUUCGUAAAUGAGUCAAUUUUAAAGACGCACCAGAAAAUUCAUACGGGAGAGAAAUCUUUUAUUUGUUUUGGCUGCGGUAAAGGUUUUUCACAGGAGACGCAUCUUCGAAGACACGAGAAAAUUCACACUGGAGAGAAACCAUUUGCUUGCUCCGUAUGUGGGAAGAGUUUUACCCAGGAGACAUGCCUGAGGAGACAUGAGAAAAUUCAUACAGGAGAGAAACCAUUUAGUUGCUCUCAGUGUGAGAAAAGAUUUGUUCAUAAGGCUUAUUUAAAGUUGCAUCAGAAAAUACAUGCAGGAGUGAAACCAUUUAGUUGCUUUGCGUGUGGGAAGAGGUUUUUCACAAGAAGCAAUCUGAAAACACAUGAGAGAAUACAUACAGGAGAGAAACCAUUUAGUUGUUCAGAAUGUGGGAAGAUAUUUACACAAACAAGCAGUCUGAAGAAACAUGAAAAAAUUCAUGUGAGAGAAAAAAUAUUUAGUUGCUCUGAAUGAGCAUCAGAGGAUUGUCACAUAUUCUUACAAAAGGAGUUCUUAAAAUAAUUUUCCAACAAAGCACGGUGCUCAGCAGAAUCAGCAGGGGGCAGUGACUAUUUGACAAAUUGUAAUAUAUAUUAUUGUAUUGAUGAUGUAUUAAAUGUGUUUAUCCCAAAACACUUUGAUUUCUCUUUGUUUUUUGGGCCAAAGUCGGUUUCACAGCCUAAAAAUGACAAUCUACGGGUUUUAAAGUUUCUAGCUUUGGGAGGAGAAAAAGAACAAAAUAAUAUAUAUUGGCCUUUAUAUAUAUAUAUAAUAAUAAAAAUAAUACUUAUAUCAUAUAUUAUUAAAUUAUUACAGUGACAAUACAGGCAGUGAUUCAAUGUCAGCUAAAUACAGUAUUUACAGCAGGUGUCGCUCACUAUGUUGGAGGAAACCAUGAACGGCCCUUCUGACAUCUGUGUUGUUUUCUGCUUAUAAAGUGCUUUAAUAAUAAAGUUGAGCUAAGUUUAAAACGUCAGAUGAUCUGCUCUCAAUUCUAGUUGUUUUAUAAAACCAAAAACUGAAAAAAAAAGUUAUGAACAAACAUUUUCUGACUUCACUGCUACUAUUUAGUGCGUUUGUGUAAUGGACUCUUACACAAAUCAAGGAUCAGACAGAUCCACACCUUUAUCACACACACCCAGACAGGGAAGUACAGGCACAACACCACAGCAGUAAUGUUCUUAUUAGGAAACCCUGAAUCAUGGCGAUGAGGUGAGCCGUGAAGAAUGAGUGUGUAUGUGUGUGUGUGUGUGUAAGGGCGGUCCGUACCUUAUAUGGUAAAAUCACACAGAUUCUAUCUUACAUUCACAUGUUGUUGAGUCAAUAAAAUGUGAUAUUUUUUAAAAAUCCUUUGUGCAGAUUUACCUCAAGGACAGUUAUAGUAGUGGACCAUGUGAUUCCCUCUGGGCUUUGGUGUAAAAUAUUUUUUAAUACUGCAGUGAUAGAAACAAUCUUUUUUUUAAUUUUUUUUUUUAGAACAUCACUAAAAGCGUUUAAAUUAAAAUACAAGAGAACAUUUGCCUGUGUGGUCAGAUCUGUAUUGUU